UGUGGUGUGGUCGCGUUGAAUAUUCGCUCCCUUCUCUCCUGCUUCGUGAAGACUGGCAUUUGGUGUCUGUAGAAUGGCUCGGUUCGGAGAUGAGGUGCCGUCCAGGUAUGGCGGAGGACCAGGACACGCUCAAGUGGGACCCGGCCGCGGCGGUAACAGGCAGGGCGGCCCGCCGGGUGUUCCACAGAGAAUGUACAAGCAGUCAAUGGCCCAGCGAGCCAGAACUAUGGCCCUUUACAACCCUAUACCGGUGCGGCAAAACUGCUUCACUGUUAACCGAUCUCUCUUCAUCUUCAGUGAGGACAACUUUGUGAGAAAAUACGCCAAAAAGAUCACAGAAUGGCCUCCAUUUGAGUACAUGAUCCUGGCUACAAUCAUCGCUAACUGCAUUGUCCUGGCCCUGGAACAACACCUUCCAGACGGAGACAAGACACCUAUGUCAGAGCGCUUGGAGGACACAGAACCCUACUUCAUUGGCAUUUUCUGUUUCGAGUCAGGCAUUAAGAUCUUGGCUUUGGGCUUUGCUUUCCAUAAGGGCUCCUACCUACGCAAUGGCUGGAAUGUCAUGGACUUUGUAGUGGUGCUAACUGGAAUCCUCUCCACAGUGGGGUCAGACUUUGACCUGAGGACACUGCGUGCUGUUCGAGUGUUGAGACCUCUCAAACUGGUGUCUGGGAUACCCAGCUUACAGGUGGUCCUCAAAUCCAUCAUGAAGGCCAUGAUUCCUCUGCUGCAGAUUGGUCUGCUGCUCUUCUUUGCUAUCCUCAUGUUCGCCAUCAUUGGCCUGGAGUUCUACAUGGGCAAAUUUCACAAAACUUGCUUUGACAAAUUCACUGAUGAAAUCCGGGAGGAGACUCCAUGCGGGCUUGAACUUCCCGCUCGUCUCUGUCCUAAUGGAACAGUCUGUCAAGAGUACUGGCUAGGACCUAACUAUGGUAUUACCCAGUUUGACAACAUCCUAUUUGCUGUGCUCACAGUCUUCCAGUGUAUCACCAUGGAGGGCUGGACCGACCUGCUGUACUAUAGCAAUGAUGCUUUAGGAAGUGCAUGGAACUGGAUGUAUUUCAUCCCCCUCAUCAUCAUUGGCUCCUUCUUCAUGCUCAAUCUUGUGCUGGGUGUACUGUCAGGAGAGUUUGCCAAAGAGAGGGAGCGUGUGGAGAACAGGAGUGAGUUUCUGAAGUUAAGACGUCAACAGCAGAUAGAGAGAGAGCUGAAUGGAUAUCUGGAGUGGAUCUGCAAAGCAGAGGAAGUGAUUCUGGCUGACGAGGACAAUGACCCAGAUGACCGGAUGCCCUUUGAUGGAUCAAGGAGGAGGCCUACCAUCAAGAAGAGUAAAGCAGACCUGCUUGAUGCAGAGGAUGGAGAUGGAGACAUAGGUUCUCCGUUUGCGCGGGGCAGUCUGAAGAGCUCGAAGAUGGAGGGCUCUUCCUUCCAUAAAAAGGAGCGUCGACUGAGAUUCUUCAUCAGGCACAUAGUGAAGACGCAGGCCUUCUACUGGUCCGUUCUGUGUCUGGUGGGACUGAACACACUGUGUGUGGCUGCUGUGCACUAUGACCAGCCUGACCGGCUCUCUGACUUCCUUUACUUUGCUGAAUUCAUCUUCCUGGGGAUCUUUAUGUCAGAGAUGUGUAUUAAGAUGUAUGGACUGGGGACCAGGCCUUACUUUCACUCCUCCUUCAACUGUUUUGACUGCAUUGUCAUUUGUGGCAGCAUUUUCGAGGUGCUCUGGGCUAUGAUCCAGCCAGGAACCUCGUUUGGGAUCAGUGUGUUACGAGCUCUCAGGUUACUGAGGAUAUUCAAAGUGACCAAGUAUUGGGCAUCUCUGAGGAACUUGGUGGUGUCUUUAUUGAACUCCAUGAAGUCCAUCAUCAGUUUACUCUUCCUCCUUUUCCUCUUCAUCGUGGUGUUUGCCUUGCUCGGCAUGCAGCUGUUUGGGGGACAGUUUAAUUUUGACUCCGGCACACCACCGACCAACUUUGAUACCUUUCCUGCAGCAAUAAUGACAGUGUUUCAGAUCCUGACGGGUGAAGACUGGAACAUGGUCAUGUAUGAUGGGAUUGAGUCUCAGGGUGGAGUCAAGAAGGGCAUGGUCUUCUCUGUCUUCUUCAUUGUUCUUACACUCUUUGGCAACUACACUUUGCUCAAUGUGUUCUUGGCUAUCGCAGUGGACAAUCUGGCCAAUGCACAAGAGCUCACCAAGGAUGAACAGGAGGAAGAGCAGGCAGCCAAUCAGAAAAUGGCUCUACAGAAGGCCAAGGAAGUAGCUGAGGUCAGCCCACUCUCAGCAGCCAACCUCUCCAUUGCAGCUAAGGAGCAACAGAUGAACCAUAAAGGUUGUAAGUCAGUAUGGGAACAGCGCACCAGUGAGUUGAGGAGGCAGACCCUGAUGAACAGCAGAGAGGCUCUUUACAAUGAGUUGGAGCCUGAAGACCGUUGGAAGGUCUCAUUCUCCCGUCACAUCCGUCCUGAUAUGAAGACCCAUCUGGACCGCCCGCUGGUCGUGGAUCCUCAGGAGAACCGAAACAAUAACACCAACAAAACCCGGCCCGGCGAGGGCCAACCCCAGCGCACUCAUCAGCUCCUGCACAAACAGCCAAACUUCAAUGAUGGUGAGAGCAGUGGAGGAGGGUCCGGGCCCUGGCCGCCAUUGGAAAGAGGGGACUCCACAGGAUCUCAUCGGAGUCUGUUAGGCUCCGAAAUCUGGCAGCCGGAGGAGGACGUUAGAGAAUCCCACCGCAGACAUAAGCACUGCAGACAGGCCCGUCAACAUCGCAAUCAACCAGAGGGAGAGGGUGGAGGGAGAAGACACAGGAGCAAGGGCAGGGAAAGAGAACCUGAGUGUGAGCAGGCAGAUGGAGGAGAGUGUAAACACAGUAGUCAUCGGCAUGACGGCGAGAGACGGAAGGAGAGAGGGGAGAGGGUGCGACACCGUACCAGGAAGGAUGGUCACGGGAGUGGCCCCACUCUCUCCACGACCCGCCCCAUUCAGAAGACUCUGUCCAGACAGGACAGUCAAUACAGUGAGGACAUAGACAACGCCAUGAACAACAACAAGCUUGCCACCCAACCGCCUAGUAACUCCACCCCACAUGAUAGUCUGAUCAAUCUGGCCAACAGUGCCCACACUGCCGGCCUGGCACACACUGGAACUGAGAGCAGCCUCAUUCUUACCAAACCUUCGUCUACCACUGCUAAUGUUUCUAGCACUGGUAACCUGGGCAUGACACCCGAUUACACUGCUGUAGACAUUCCACCCAUGUUCCCCUCCAGUAACGCCAUCCUACAGGUCAAUAAGAAUGCCAACAACGAGCCCCUGCCCAAGAAAGAAGAUACCAAGGGUGACGAUGAUGAUGAUGAUAAAAAUGAUGGUGGGCCUAAACCCAUGCCACCCUUCACCUCAAUGUUCAUCUUGACUACCACCAACCCGUUUCGGAGGUUGUGCCACUAUAUCGUAACACUCAGAUAUUUUGAGAUGUGUAUUCUGCUGGUCAUUGCGAUGAGCAGUAUUGCCCUGGCCGCUGAAGACCCCGUCUGGCCCGAAUCCCCCCGCAACAAUGUCCUGCGCUACUUUGACUAUGUUUUCACAGGUGUUUUCACCUUUGAGAUGCUCAUUAAGAUGGUGGAUUUAGGUCUUGUCCUUCAUCAAGGCUCAUAUUUCCGUGACUUAUGGAACAUCCUGGACUUUAUAGUGGUUAGUGGUGCCCUGGUGGCGUUCGCCUUCACAGGAAGCAGCAAGGGGAAAGACAUCAGUACCAUCAAGUCCCUGCGUGUGCUCAGAGUAUUGCGGCCUCUGAAAACCAUCAAGCGUCUGCCCAAACUGAAGGCUGUCUUUGAUUGUGUGGUGAACUCUCUGAAGAACGUGUUGAACAUCCUCAUUGUCUACAUGCUGUUCAUGUUCAUCUUCGCUGUGGUGGCUGUGCAGCUCUUUAAGGGCCGUUUCUUCUACUGUACUGAUGAAUCUAAGGAGCUUGAGCGCGAUUGCAGGGGCGAGUAUCUUGUCUAUGAGAAAGAUAACGAAGUGAGGGCGCAGAAGCGGGAAUGGAAGAAGUACGAUUUCCACUACGACAAUGUGCUCUGGGCCCUUCUCACCCUCUUCACAGUUUCUACAGGAGAGGGGUGGCCGCAGGUGCUGAAACAUUCAGUGGAUGCGACCUACGAGAAUCAGGGCCCUAGCCCAGGUUACCGGAUGGAAAUGUCCAUCUUUUACGUGGUGUACUUCGUGGUCUUCCCCUUCUUCUUCGUCAACAUCUUCGUAGCUCUUAUUAUCAUCACCUUCCAGGAGCAAGGAGACAAGAUGAUGGAGGAUUACAGUCUGGAAAAAAAUGAGAGAGCCUGUAUAGACUUUGCCAUCAACGCCAAGCCGCUGACACGUCACAUGCCCCAAAAUAAGCAAACAUUCCAGUAUCGCAUGUGGGAGUUUGUGGUGUCUCCUCCAUUUGAAUACACCAUCAUGGCAUUGAUUGCGCUCAACACCAUUGUCCUUAUGAUGAAGUAUGAUGGAGCAACACUAACCUAUGAAGGUGUGUUAGCCAACCUGAAUAUAGUGUUCACCUCACUUUUCUCCAUGGAGUGUUUACUGAAGAUCAUUGCAUUUGGAGCACUGAACUACUUCAAAGACGCCUGGAACAUCUUCGACUGUGUGACUGUACUUGGCAGCAUCACUGAUAUUUUAGUCACAGAACUAGGGAACAACUUCAUAAAUCUGAGUUUUCUAAGGCUCUUCAGAGCUGCUCGUCUCAUUAAGUUGCUCAGGCAGGGUGAGACCAUACGGAUCCUGCUCUGGACCUUCGUCCAGUCUUUCAAGGCUCUGCCGUAUGUGUGCCUACUCAUUGCCAUGCUGUUCUUCAUCUAUGCCAUCAUUGGCAUGCAGCUGUUUGGGAACAUUGCGAUUGAGGAGGAUAGUGAGAGUGCCAUUAACUUACACAACAACUUCAGGACUUUUUUCCAGGCCCUUAUGUUGCUCUUCAGGAGUGCUACAGGUGAAGCAUGGCAUGAUAUAAUGCUGUCAUGUCUGGGAAAGAAGGAGUGUGAUCCUCUCUCUGGAAACACGGAGGCAGAAUGUGGAAGCGAGUUUGCCUACCUCUACUUUGUCUCCUUUAUCUUCCUCUGUUCCUUUCUGAUGCUGAAUCUGUUUGUGGCUGUGAUCAUGGAUAAUUUUGAGUACCUGACACGUGACUCCUCUAUCUUGGGUCCCCAUCACCUGGACGAGUAUGUGAGGAUCUGGGCGGAGUAUGAUCCAGCAGCUUGCGGGCGCAUUCAUUAUAAGGAUAUGUACAGUUUAUUGCGAGUUAUCGACCCCCCUCUGGGCUUAGGCAAGAAAUGUCCUCAUAGGGUGGCCUGCAAGAGACUGUUGCGGAUGGAUCUGCCAGUUGCUGAUGACAACACAGUGCACUUUAAUUCCACCCUUAUGGCCUUAAUCCGAACCGCUCUGGACAUCAAGAUCGCCAAGGGAGGUAUAGAUAAACACCAGAUGGACGCUGAACUAAGGAAGGAGAUGAUGGCGAUAUGGCCCAAUCUCUCCCAGAAGAAUCUGGAUCUGUUGGUGACACCCCACAAGUCGACAGACCUGACAGUGGGAAAGAUCUAUGCUGCCAUGAUGAUCAUGGAGUACUAUCGGCAAAGUAAAGCCAAAAGGACACAAGCAGUCCACGAUGAGCAGAAUCGAACGCCAUUAAUGUUUCAGCGUCUGGAGCCACCAUCUCCAAGCCAAGAUGUCGGGCAGGGACUCACUGGCCUUCCUGAACCACAGCCGCACUCUGCAAAUCAUCUGCCUGUUGAUCAAGGGAUCCCACAGAGCCAAUCAUGGGUUACGGCACGAGCCCAGGAGAUGUCUCAGAAAGCAGGCAGCUGGAGUCCUGAAGGCCAGCACCCAGACAACACAGCAGAUAACCACAGACAAUCUCAGACAGUAGAGAUGAGAGAGAUGGGGCGGGAUGGGUACUCGGACACUGAGCACUAUCUGCCAAUGGAAGGCCAUGGCAGGGCUGCUUCCAUGCCUCGACUCCCAGCAGAAAACCAACAGCCACGGAGGAAAGGACGGCACCGGGGUGAUAAUCUCUCUAUCAUCACUGAUAACAGUCCUAUGAAGCGCUCAGCUUCAUCUCUGGGGCAUGGGUGCCAAGGCCGGUCUAUGCAGGGUGAUGACUAUUCCAUGAACAGGGUUAUCCCAGAAGAGGGUCACAGACAUGGGCAUCGUCACAAAGACCGCAGCCACCUUGCAUCUGAGCGGUCCCUCAGCCGCUACACUGAUGCUGACACAGGUCUUGGCACCGACCUCAGCACCACCACACACUCAGGAGACCUGCCAUCCAAGGAAAGGGACCGGGGCCGGGCCAAGGACCGCAUUCACCAUCACCAUCAUCAUCACCACCAUGGUUCUGUAGAUAAGGAGCGCUACGGACAUGAGAGAGAACAAGGGGACUAUAGCCACAGACAGUCAAAUGAUAGAGACCGCCGCUGGUCCCGCUCACCGAGUGAGGGGAGAGAGUGCCUGACUCACAGACAGGGCAGUAGUUCAGUAAGCGGGAGUCCAGUCCCCUCAACCUCCGGGACCAGCACACCCCUCCGUGGUCGGCGUCAACUGCCCCAAACCCCUGCCACGCCCCGGCCCCAUGUCACCUAUUCUCCCGUCGUCCGUAAACCCAUCAACACCCCCCCUCCCGGCCAGCAAAGCCGACUCCCCACCUCACAUCGGUUUUCGCCACCUGGCCCUAAGGCCCCGCUUCCCCCUCACCACCACCCUUCUACUACCCACCCUGGUUCUCCUUGUCAUGCACACUGGGGCCCCGGCCCUUCAGAAAGUGUGGAGGGGGACGGAUUCUACGAUGAACAAGACUAUGAGCUCAACCACCAUGAACCUCCUUCCUAUGAGCAAAACCCCAUCCAGGACAACCCUCAUCCCCAUUCUCCCAGGACUUCCCGCCACACAGCUCCCCCUCAGAGUCAGCCGCAUCCCCGACGCAUGCCCAAUGGCUACCGUGCCUCCUCACCCUCUCCGCACCAUCACGCCCCCACCCACCCAGGAACUCAUAAGCCUCCCCACCCCAGAGUUCCCAGGAAGGGCCUCCAUGAACCCUACAGUGAGAUUGAUGAUGAUGAUUGGUGCUAACCUCAGGGAAGAGAGGAGCCAGGGAGGGUGGGGGGAUGGCAGUAAUGGAUUCUGGAAUGGACUGCAAUCAUACAGAGAGGCCAGCUCAAAGAAAACAGGGAUAUUGGCAGAUCCCUCGCUUAGUCUGAACUGUACAGGGAAACACUAGGCAGUGUGCUGAAUGUCCACAGGGGAAAUCGAGGCAUGGUUCUUUUCUUUCUAUUUCUUGUUUCUUUUCGAUUCCUCUGCUGCCAAGUGUUUCCCUGAAAGGGGAUGGACUGCUUACAGUGAAUAAGAAGACUGGGGAGGUGUGUGAAAUCAAUGAAAAGAUUAUGAAAUCCUGUUCUUAGCCUUUUUUUCUGAAGAAAAGAAAAUUCUCUAUGUUUUGAUAAGGAGGGGGAGUGUCUGAACUUUUUAUUUUCAGGAUGUUUCAUGCAGUCUCUCCUUAAAUCACAGGCCAUACUGUCGAUGGCAGAAAUUCAAAAUAUAGGACACUCUUUAACACUCGUAAAGGAGGAUCGCUUUUUAUUUUGCAGAACUUGACUGGCAAUUUGUUUACUGCAAAAAUCAGUCCAGAUGCUGGGAAAUAUUGAUGAGUUUUAUCAUCUCUGUUUACUGUUAGUAAUUAUACCAGUGAAAGUGAGCCAUUCGCCCAUAUAUGUACGUUUUGGGUGGGUGGGUCAAGCGCUUUGGCCUAUCAGGUUGGGAUGGGCGGAGUUGAACUUACCUGGACUGGAGAGCCCACCCUGCACUUCGCACACCCAUCUCAAGAAAGAAGAACCACAGAAAAAUGGUAGAGAAAAAAUGAAAAGUUCUUCACUCUUUCUUCUUCUAUGGCUUUGUCUGCCUCUCAUUGGAAACACUGGAGUUUGAAUCUUCUGUUGCACUGCCCAGAGGAAAAAAAAAAAAAAAAUCCCUUGGAAAUCCUGCAUGAUUAAAAAAACAAAAACAAA